CCAUUUGCGACGUGAUAGUAGAGCAAUACCGAUUAGCCAGGGAUGAGGGUGACAGCAGAUGGAUAGAGGCGACAAGACGUGAAGCUGCCACAAUACUCUGCUCAGAGAGGUGGGUUGAUGAGAACCUUCCAUCAUUGUCCCGUAAGCCUAGACCACUGAGGAAGAGGAGGCCCCCAUCAGCAACUGUUUCAUCAGCCACUUCUUCAGCCAUGUGUGUGGAUAUACGGCUGUUAUCCAACCCAGAUCUAGAAGUGGUACGUGAGAAUGCUAUGGAGCCUUCUGAACCUUAUGUUGCCGAGGAAAAGUCGAUGGUGAUGGAAGAGGCGAGUGAAGAUGACGUUUCCGAAGUUCAUGAUGUGGCGGAAUUAUCCUUAACACAUGAUACGGCGGAUCGGGAGUGUUCCGAAGUGCAUGACACGGCGGAGUUUUCCGUAGUACAUGACACGGCGGAUCAGGAUCAUCAUGAGCCUACCACUGUAUCCAGGCCAUUCAAGUCCAUUUUACCUGUAAAGUCAUCAGGAGGUUAUUCUGCACGCAGAGUCCAGACUGAUAUCAAGGAAACAGAACAGUCCGCCAAGCGACCUAGACUUGACCCUGAGCUCCUGGUAACAGUGGAUUUGCAUAACGUCAACCACCCGUUUUUUCAGAGAUGUCCGUUUCCCGACUGUGGGAGGAAAGAGAGGAAAGUCAAGCGUCAUGUUCAACGUAGCCACCUGCCUAAGCUCUUCAACGACAUAAGACCGUUACGAUAUUUGGACGAGUCUACGUUGUCUCAGCUACAAGUUACAGCUUUGAAGUCUUUGGUAAGGAGCGUUUUAGGACCUGAUGCCGACCUACUCUCAGGUGUGGACUAUGUAAAUCGUUCAGGAAUGCUCACCCCGGACACCACUCUUCAUCCAGAUACACUCGUGUUUAUGAGAAGAUUGUGUGCACAUCAAGGAUGGUUGGAGCCACCUGAGGGUUUCACAUUGUCUCCCCUUAAUUCGCCAGCAACUCUUUUCCACUGGAGGUGUUUAGUAGUGCUGAUGUCACCUUUGCAGCCCAUGCAGCGCGAAGAAUUUCGUACACAUGGACGUGUUACAGGGGGCAUCACUAGUACUCUUGAUACCACGGAGACUCAAGUUCCGGUCGUUGACUCGUCGACAGAGGAUGAACUUACAGUCAUAGAUGUCUGUUAUGGAUCUGAUGUGGACUUUCCUACAGAACCACUACCAGUAUCUCAGAGCGACCCAUGUAUAGUUCAGGAGCUUUGCAGUCCUCAGACAUCUUCCGUUCUCGAAGCCUUUGACAGUCAUUUCCAUCUUGACCGGACUUGUUCCCGCAUAUGGAGAUGUUCCUCAGGAAGAUCUGUGGAGGAUUUACUAUCCUAUUCCUAUUCCAGUGAUCUACAUCCUAACCUCGAAGUUACAGUCUCAGGAGGAGUAGUCAUCUAUAGUGAACCAUCAACACAUCCAGAGUCUGUAGACAUGUGUGGUCCUUGGAGAAUGGCCGUAGGAGUGCACCCCAAGCAUGUAGAGGAAUUGACACCAGAUAGGUUCUCCCAUAUGAAGAACAUGUUGAACAGUCCAUAUGUUGUGGCUUUAGGCGAGAUUGGGUUAGACAGAACUGUCCCUGUGAAGCUGUGGAGACGUCAAGAUGAAGUUUUCCGCCAAGUGCUCACGUUAGCUCGUAAGGAUAAAGUCCUCGUCCUUCACUUGCGCGGAAUUGCCGCAGACAGGAUUGGGAUGGAUGUACACGCACGCUGCAUCCAGUUACUUAGGAAAUCGUGUGAUCCAGACCAACCCAUACAUCUUCAUUGCUUCAUGGGCGAUCCAGAGUUGGUUAAGGAAUGGUUAGACUGCUGUUCGAACGUCUACUUUGGGUUCACGGGUGCUGUGACUAACUUUAGUGCCGAUCAAGUUGCCGGUCUUCAGUCCGUCCCAUUGAGUCGCUUGCUGUUGGAAACAGAUUCCCCAUAUAUGAAACCUGGAGGAGGAGCUGUUAACACCCCAGCGUUCAUUGGUGACGUUGCCACCGAGGUUGCUUCGAAACUUCAAGUUAGUGUACAGUACUUAUUGAAGGAGACAGUCAAAAAUAGCCGUCGCCUUUACCAGUUUUAG